CGCCCUAAAGGCGAGGCGCUUAACCAAUCAUGGCAGUCGCGUGAAGCAUCACGGGAACUCCGGGGCUAUAAAAGGCCGAGUUGCUAUUUUAUACUCACCGAAUCACUCAUCCUUUAAGUAAGCAGGGUGGGGCUGGGUGCGCCUGCGCGGUUUUAAAACCCCGCCCCAAACUGCCAACACUUCGCGCAGGCGAAGUAGAUCUUCCUUGCCUUAUAUCACGCGUGCGCACUGACAGACCUAAGUCCGGAAGACCAUACGCUUGCGCAGUAAAGACUUCGGUGACAGUACACCGGUGGGGCGCUGGCCAGUCAUGGCGGAGCCUUGGGCUGGGCAGUUUCUGCAAGCUUUGCCCGCCACAGUGCUCGGAGCGCUGGGCACCUUGGGCAGCGAGUUUCUGCGGGAGUGGGAGACACAAGACAUGCGAGUGACUCUCUUCAAGCUGCUCCUGCUGUGGUUGGUGUUAAGUCUCCUGGGCAUCCAGCUGGCCUGGGGGUUCUACGGGAACACAGUGACCGGGUUGUAUCACCGUCCAGGGAAAUGGCAGCAAAUGAAGCUCUCAAAACUCACAGAGAAUAAGGGAAGGCAGCAGCAAAAGGGUUUCCAGAGACAUCGUUGGGUCUGCUGGCUCCUGUGCUAUAUCUUGCUGCUAUCCAGACCCCUUGGACAAGUGCAGAGGGCUUGGGGUUGGGGGACUGGAGUACCAUGACACUCCCAGGGUGAGCCUCCACCGCCCUCAGCCUUGCCUCCAACAGCUGCAGGUACUGAGCAGGUGAAGUUUGUCUUUAACAAAGGGAAAGACUUCUUGUCAAAGGUCAUAGCUUAGAAACAUUUUGGUCGAGGAGGUCAGUAGUCCCUUUCUCACCUUGGCUUUUUCCUGAUUUACUCAUCCCCUUGGGGAUGUGACCUUAGAGAAAUUUGUCCUGCUAAGAGGAAUCUUGAGGUUGGCCAGUUCGGAGAUUUAGAAAGUCCAUUCUCCCAUAGGCUCUGAUUUCCUUGGCUUUGCUUUGUACUUAAGAAGCCAGCUAGGACUAGGGCACCAAACCUGUUCCUGCCUGGCCUAGCUAGCAUCUUCCAGGUCUGUGGCAGGCAGAGGAAGUUAUCAUUUCCCAACCUACUUAUUUCUCUUUUCUUUUUGAGGACAAGUUGAAUUCCUAAGAGACAUCUCAGUAAGAGCCCCUGGUAUUGGCUGGCUUCUCCACUGCUUAAGUACCCACAGGCUUUUCUGGUCUGUACUUGCCCCCUCCGAGGGAGGUACCAAGCAGUUAGUGCAAUGGCUUCAUUGUGCCCUGCUGCCUUACUACUUCCCAUCUUGACAGGGCCUAGUCCUGAGAGCCCACCAGCAUCAUUUCAGCUCCUCGGGAGGUCAGUAAGAGUGAGCCACAAGCCAGAUAAUUCUGGGCCCUUCACUGUGGGUCAGAAGAGGUUCCAGCGGGGUGGGUGGUCAGUGUCCCCAUAAAAACACCACUUCCCCAGAGCACUACGGUUCCUAAAAGCAUUGUAGUCCUGGAUCUGUCUCCUCUAACGGUUGUACUCCUGUCUCUGCUGGGCUACUAGCUACCUCAGGUGUCUACUGUCCCUUUGUUAAAUGUCAUAUAGCCAUCUGGCAGCCAUUGCCUACAGAGACUUUGUAGCAGGUGUACUGUAGGUGAGACUGUACUGAGCUUCUCCUGCACGUGUGCCUACCAGAGAUGUCAUCUGUGUGGCAGGAAGAUGUUCUUCACAGCCGCAUGCCCACCCACUGACAUCAGUACAAGAGUCAAGGUCUCAUGUUCCACCCCAGGAGCAACUGAAGAUGUGGCAUAUUAAACACAGAAGUGCA